AUGGGCCCCGAGAAUAAAGCUGACUAUCCCUGGGAGAUAAACCGAGAGGUAGAGCGGCUUCAGAAACAGCAUGCCUGGGUUCAGAGAUGCCUUAACAGCAAGAUUGUCUUUGCACCUAUUCCCCUAGAUGAAGAAGGACUCAAGAUUCUUGACGUCGGGUGCGCCGAUGGAAUUUUGCUUCGAGACCUGAAGAAGCAGGUUUCUCCAUCUGCUCAGCUCGUUGGCGCUGAUAUUGUCGAGGCCUUUCUACCCGAUUCCGAAAGGGGGGUUCAUUUUGAGGUUUAUGACCUUUGUGAAUUUCCUAGAGACCAACUUGUCGGAGCAUUUGACUUGACACACAUGAGGUACAGCAUCCUUGGAGCUGCCAAGGUGGGCUACCAGAAAGCCAUUGAUCAUCUUGCCUCGACGGUUGCCCCCGGAGGUUGGCUUCAGGUUCACGAGCUUGACUUUGAUCUAACAGAUCGGCCCAACGUAGGUCCAGCGUGGAGAGAUGUGAGCAACCUCAUCGCAGCCAUGUUCGAUGGUAUGGGUAUGGGAUCCGAUUGUAUUCGCAAACUGCCGAGCGCAUUCGAGGCAGCAGGACUCGAGAACGUGGCUGUCCAUUCAGUAGACCUGCCCAUGGGCAAGCUGCUGGGUGACGAUGAGGCAGCCGAGUUAUCGUGGCAGCCUUUCGUGAUUACCAUCCCGAGUCUCCUUGAAGGUGCAAAGGCCCUUGGUGUCCAGCUACCUGACUCUAUGCAUGAGAACUUGGCUGAGAGGUUUGAGAAAGAAGUCAAGGAAGAGGGUGCCAUGUUUCGAGCGUUGGUCACUAUUGGGCAAAAGCCAGUGUGA